AUCGAUGGUAGACCACGAGUCCUGAAAAAGCCGGUUGUUCCGUUUUAUUUUAUCUCAAUAGCAGUACAUUUGAACAAAAAUAAGUAUAAAAUGGUUGAGGAACAAAGAAGACGGGUUGAAGAUCGUAUUAAUGAAAUGAUGGAGGAGAUUGAUAAAUCGUAUCUAAGAAAAAUGCAGAGUGACAUGCAUAGAUGUGCUGCAACUUGUUGUGAUAAUGAAACUUAUAGUAUACAGAAAGUACAUAAUUGUGUAAGAAACUGCAGUAGUUCUUUGAAUAAAGCUCAAGAGUACAUUCAAGGAGAAGUAGUAAGAACUCAGAAUCGGUUAGAAAGAUGUGUUAUGGAUUGCAAUGAUAAAAUAAAAGACAAAAUGGGUCCAAACCCAAGGCAAAGUGAAAUCGAUAAGUAUAAUGACGAUUUUCAAAAAUGUGCCACAAUCUGUGUAGACAAUUAUUGUGAUAGUUUACCUUCUUUAGUACAAACAAUGAAGCAUGUUUUAUCGAAUAAAAAUUAUGAAUAG